GCUGUGCUGCAGAGUGGGACGGCCAUUGCACCCUGGGCUUGGAUGAGUCCUGAGAAGGCCAGGAAGACAGCUCUGGAGCUGGCCCGGGUGAUGGGCUGUACAGAAGAUGAGGGCAGUGCCAUAGUGAACUGCUUGCAGGAAAAGCCAUUGGAAGAACUCCAAACAUACAUGUCCUCAGUCAUGGAUCCCAAGAUUGUUUUGAAUCUUCCCUUCGUACCAACCACAGAUGGAGAUUUUAUUCCCGAUGACCCACAGAAACUAGUGGAGUCCAGGCACUUUCAGACCAAACCUAUUAUGAUUGGUACCACUUCUGAUGAAGGGUCCCUCUUUAUCUUCUUCAGUUCCCAGGUCUUACGUGCAUCCAAUGAAUGCCUGUUGACCUGGGAGGAACUCUUGGAGGUGCUGAAGGGAAGUGUACACAAUGCAACCGAUGACAUCAUCCAUUCCAUUGCUCAGAGAUACAGCAAAGCAGAACCAGAGGGCCCGGAACAGUAUCGCUCCGCCUUGUCCCAGGCCUGGGGGGAUUACUACUUCGUAUCUCCAGCAAACGAAGUUGCCACAGAAACUGCAAAGACUGGAAGCCCCGUGUAUGCUUACACUUUCACACAUCACAGUGUUGGCUCUGUUUGGCCUGAAUGGACGGGGUCCUACCAUGGAUCUGAGAUCCCAUACGUUUUUGGAACUCUGACGUUACUACCAGGAACCAAUGAAACUCAUACAGAGGCGGAGUUAGCGCUAAUCCCCCAAGUGAUGCGGUACUGGGCAGAGUUUGCCAGAAGCGGCAAUCCCACCCCUUCAGAUGUUGGUGAGGCAAAAUGGCUGCUCUACAACCCUGCGGAACAGAACUUCUUUCGCAUCAGCACUGAGCCGCCUCAAGUCAUGAAGCCCUCACCCGCUCGACACUGCAGUUUCUGGAAGGCACUCUUAUCAGAGGCAUCAAGCCCAGACCGGCCUCCAAGAGAUUCUCUUCCAUCUAGCCCAGAAGUCAGUAGGAAAGAAGAACUGUGAUUUAAAUUCAUAUGAAUGGAGAAGGAGCUUUGUAUAAACUGGGAGGAACAAGUCUAAAGAAUUAAGAAAGAGGACAUUUCCGUUUGCAUUUUCCGUCUCUCAUAGUAAUUUCUGUCGUCUGAUUUUAAAACAUAAGAGCAAUAAACAGCUUCCUCUAAUUUUCUUCCCACGCACAAUCAAGUCUACAUUCAUGUAACUAAAGAGAAAAGAUUUGAGGAGGAUCAUAUAUUCGAUGUGGCAUUUUAUGUAAUUUCAUUGUAUACCUAUGUUGUGAGCCUCUUUGAGUCUGCUGUGGUGGGUGAGAGCCGGGGAUUAAAUCAAAUCAAUCAAUCAAUAAUAAUAUUAUAUUAGUGUAUGUUUCCUUGGUUCUGUAAUUGUUUUUGCGCAAAUGUAUUUGUUCCCUCUUCUGGUUAAGCACAAUCAAAUAUUUCAUUUUUGGUGUGACUUUGGGGUUGGGCGGAUCAUUCUACACCUAUAUUAUUAUUAUUACUAUUACAGCAAAGAUUUUAUAUGCACACAAAUGGAGAGACAAUAAAAUCCCAACAAAACAAGACUGGAUUUUAAAAGGCACAGAAUAUGUAGAGACAGCAAGGCUAAAAGCGUUCAUAAGAGACAAGGACAUUGACAGUUUCCUGAAAGACUUGAAACACUUUGUGGACUACCUACUGCAAACAUACACAAAUAGAGAAAUAACGGCAGGAGUUGAGAUUUAAAUGAAAACCGUAGAUUGGAUUAAAAUAAUUUUAUAAGAAGGAUUAAAAGUAAAGGAAAUGCUGAUACAAACUACUAGUACAAAACUAGAUUUGAGUUUAGAUCCAUAAUGAGUUAGCUGGAAGUCACCACAUAGGAAGUACUGAAAUGUUUUUUUAUUAUAGUCAGGGAGGGAGGAUUGGAUUUGUUUUCUUUUUUCUUUUCUUUUUCUCUGUGUUGUCUACAUGUGUAAAAUAAAUUUUAA